CCCGCAUAGUCCUUGUAAUCGGGUGAUGCGUGUGUUGUCCACGAAAAAACAUUAAGUUAUUGGGUGUUUUACGAUACGAAGUAAAAUGGUUUUUACACGAGUGUUUCAAAGCGUCGUGCGUUCGAGCAGCCUCGCAACGGCCGAAGCUAGAGCUCAGCUUCUGCGGCUUCCGCUGCGCCGGAAGUACACCUAUCGAAGUGGUGCGCUGAAACCCAUGCCGGACAUCACCCCGUUCGGCCUGUUUGGUAUUCUUUGCACGGUCGUUCCGGGGCUGCUGAUUGGUGCUACCAUCAGCAAAAAUAUGGCCAAUUUUCUCGAAGAAAACGAUCUGUUUGUACCGUCGGACGAUGACGAUGAUGACGAUUGAGCGAAGCGGAACGAACCGGGUGACCAGUCCCCAAACAGCAGCAGCAGCACCGACCAUCGGGCGGGAUCGAUAUUUUUAGAAUUGAAACAAAUGUUUUCGCAUAAGAUAAUCCCCAACACUUUCCGCUCCUCGUUCGCUUUAAGGGUCUUACUCGAGCACACUCACCUGGCCGGAUCAUCUCCUGUUUAGGUGGUAUUUUUAACAUCGUAAAUGGCAUGGCCCCCUCGUUCUGAUGCCGUUGAGCGGUCUCUGAUGAGGGUAGAAACUAAUCUAUUAGUAAUUGUUGUUGUUAUUGUUGUGGAGUAUC